AUGACAUUGACCACAAACAGACGCGAGAAAGCCACCCUCUCUCCCGCAACAAUCUCUACACUCCGCUCCUGCCUUGACUCACAAACUUCAGGUGCGAACCCCAGUAUCGCAGGGAUUAGCUACUGUGCAGUCGAUCGCAACGGGGACUUUGUGUUUAGCCAUUGCUCUGGGACUAUUGGUCUUGGUAUACCACGACCCGUAACCUUGGACACGGUAUAUUGGCUGGCGUCGUGUACAAAGCUGAUUACGGGGAUUGCGUGCAUGCAGCUGGCUGAGCAGGGAAAGAUCCUGCUGGAUGAUGUAGACUUUGUGGAAGGCUUGUCGUCCGAGUUGAGAGAUGUGAAGGUUUUAGUUGAGAGGGAAAACGGCUCGUUUGAGCUUGUGCCUAAAGAGAGGGGUAUCACGAUGCGAAUGCUACUUACUCAUACUUCUGGGUUUGGAUACGCAUUCGAUAGCGCCAAGCUCCGAAAAUGGGCUGGUCCAGUAGGCCUGGACGAUUUCGGAUCCAAAGACGAAUGUCUCUAUCGACCAUUACUCCAUCAACCCGGGACGGCUUUCGAAUACGGGGUAGGAGUCGAUUGGGCUGGGGUACUCGUUGAGCGCGUCACGAACAUGUCCUUGGAGCAAUACUGCCAGGAAUACAUUUUCAAACCAAUUGGAAUAAAAAAUAUCUCGUUUUCCCCCAAUUCCGACAUGAAGUCGCGUUUAGCCUACAUGCACCAGCGAGAAUCGAGCGGCACUCUACGAUUGUCAGACCAUCUUUACCGCGCUCCUCUGUUGCAAGGCUCUACUGCUGAAGCAACGGAAGGGUUCUGUAUGGGAGGUUGUGGAUGUUUUGGUACUAUUACGGAAUACUGUCAGAUCAUUGCAGCGAUACUAAACGAUGGAACAAGCCCCAAGACUCAUGCGCAGAUACUGAGGCCAGAAACAAUAACAGAAAUGUUCACCGACCAGAUACCCAACCUACCAAGGUACGUGAACGAGUAUUCAGACAGCGCCAAGCCCUGGUUAGCAAACCCAUGUGGUGGACCACCUAUUCACAAUAGCAAUGGCAAUGUUGAGGAUGAUAAAACAGAGGGUUGGGGUUUGACCUUCUCUCUAAGCCACACAACCUCCCCGAUUGGAAGGGCGGCAUCUUCCGCAUCCUGGGAAGGCUUGCCAAAUAUUUUUUGGUUUGCAGAUCGUGAGAAUGGGGUUGGAGGCAUUAUAGCGGCCCAGAUACUUCCAUAUGGUGAUAGUAAAGUAUUGCAGUGCUCGGCGGAAAUCGAAAAACUUAUUUAUUCAGAGCUAAAGAAAAGGGUGGACCCGGCCCCUUGA